GAAGGGUUAGUUUUGCAUGUACCUAAGUGAUUUGCAUAACCCAGCGGCUGGGGGCUUGGGAACCCGAGCGUGCAACCCUAGAAGGGAAAAGGACGGGAGGAGAUUGAGCCGCGGCUGCGAGAGAGCGAGCAGGAGCCUGGGUGUUUGUACGAGAGCCGGGCGGGGGUUGGGGCGAGGGGCCGGCAUGGCUGAAGGCUGCGCUCCGCAACCUUGAGGAGCGGCUGCGGCGCGAGGCCGGGGACGGGGAGGCGGGUGCGAUGGCAGAGCGCGGCCCCGGCAGCUGCGCACGGCCGGGCCGGCUGGCCUGAGCCGCGGGAGGAGCGGGGCUGCCUCUGCGCUUCCAUGGAGCAGCGGGAAGGGCGAAACUCCGGAGCGCCGCGUCCCUGCACUGCCGCCGCGGACUGUUGAAGGGGCCGAGCCCGCGCGACCGCCGAGAGAGGAGAGCCCCCGCCCCAGUCCGCAGGCCUGCCGCCCCGGGGCGGCGGGGGGCGUCGGAGGGCAGCGGAGGCGCGCCGAGUGAGCGGCGCCGCGGGAGAGGCCGGCGCGGGAGGCGGCCGCAGCAAUGCCGGGCCCGCUGGGGCUACUCUGCUUCCUCGCUCUGGGGCUGCGCGGCUCGGCCGAGCCCAGCGGCGCGGCGCCGCCUCUCUGCGCGGCGCCCUGCAGCUGCGACGGCGACCGUCGGGUGGACUGCUCCGGGAAGGGGCUGACGGCCGUGCCCGAGGGGCUCAGCGCCUUCACCCAAGCGCUGGAUAUCAGCAUGAACAACAUUACUCAGUUACCAGAAGAUGCAUUUAAGAACUUUCCUUUUCUAGAGGAGCUACGAUUGGCUGGCAACGACCUUUCUUUUAUCCACCCCAAGGCCUUGUCUGGGUUGAAAGAACUCAAAGUUCUAACCCUGCAAAACAAUCAGUUGAAAACAGUUCCCAGUGAAGCCAUUCGAGGACUGAGUGCUUUGCAGUCUUUGCGUUUAGAUGCUAACCAUAUUACCUCAGUCCCUGAGGACAGUUUUGAGGGGCUUGCUCAGUUACGACAUCUGUGGCUAGAUGACAACAGCUUGACGGAAGUGCCCGUGCAUCCCCUCAGCAAUCUGCCCACUCUGCAGGCAUUGACCUUGGCUCUCAACAAAAUCUCAAGCAUCCCUGACUAUGCAUUUACCAAUCUUUCGAGCCUGGUAGUUCUACAUCUUCAUAACAAUAAAAUUAAAAAUUUGGGUCAGCACUGUUUCGAUGGACUAGAUAACCUGGAGACCUUGGACUUGAAUUAUAAUAAUUUGGGGGAAUUUCCUCAGGCUAUUAAAGCCCUUCCUAGCCUAAAAGAGCUGUUAUUUCAUAGUAAUUCUAUUUCUGUUAUCCCUGAUGGAGCAUUUGAUGGUAAUCCACUCUUAAGAACUAUACAUUUGUAUGAUAAUCCUCUGUCUUUUGUGGGGAACUCAGCAUUUCACAAUUUAUCUGAUCUGCAUUCCUUAGUCAUUCGAGGCGCAAGCAUGGUGCAGCAGUUCCCCAAUCUGACAGGAACUAUCCAUCUGGAAAGUCUGACCUUGACAGGCACAAAGAUAAGCAGCAUAUCCAGUAACUUGUGCCAAGAACAAAAGAUGCUUCGGACUUUGGACUUGUCUUACAACAAUAUAAAAGACCUUCCAAGCUUUAAUGGUUGCCAUGCUCUGGAAGAAAUUUCUUUGCAACGUAAUCAGAUCCACCAAAUAAAAGAAGGUACUUUCCAAGGCCUGAUAUCUCUGAGGAUUCUAGAUCUGAGUAGAAACUUGAUCCAUGAAAUUCACAACAGAGCUUUUGCAAAGCUUGGGUCAAUAACUAACCUAGAUAUAAGUUUCAAUGAAUUAACUUCAUUUCCUACGGAAGGCCUGAAUGGGCUAAAUCAACUGAAACUUGUUGGCAACUUCAAGCUGAAAGAAGCAUUAGCAGCAAAGGAUUUUGUUAAUCUCAGGUCUUUAUCGGUACCAUAUGCUUAUCAGUGCUGCGCAUUUUGGGGCUGUGACUCGUAUGCACAUUCAAACACGGAAGAUACCAGCCUCCAAGACCACAGUGUGGCAAAGGAUAAAGGUCCCACUGAUGGAGCAGGUGUCACCAGCAGUGUGGAGAAUGAAGAACAUAGUCAAAUAAUUAUCCACUGCACACCCUCCACAGGUGCUUUUAAGCCCUGCGAAUAUUUACUGGGAAGCUGGAUGAUCCGUCUUACUGUGUGGUUCAUUUUCUUGGUUGCUUUGUUUUUCAACCUUCUUGUCAUUUUAACAACAUUCGCAUCUUGUUCACCGGUGCCUUCCUCCAAAUUGUUCAUAGGCCUGAUUUCUGUAUCCAACUUAUUCAUGGGAGCUUAUACCGGCAUCUUAACUUUUCUGGAUGCUGUGUCCUGGGGCAGAUUUGCUGAAUUUGGCAUUUGGUGGGAGAUUGGCAGUGGGUGCAGAAUAGCUGGGUUUCUUGCUAUUUUCUCCUCAGAAAGUGCCAUAUUUUUAUUAAUGUUGGCAGCUGUCGAAAGAAGCUUAUCUGCAAAAGAUAUAAUGAAAAAUGGGAAAAGCAAUCAUCUCAAACAGUUCCGGAUUGCUGCCCUUUUUGCUUUUCUGGGAGCGGCAGUGGCAGGCUGUUUUCCGCUUUUCCAUAGAGGGGAAUAUUCUGCAUCACCCCUUUGUUUGCCAUUCCCCACAGGAGAAACGCCAUCGUUAGGAUUUACUGUAACCUUAGUGUUAUUAAACUCAUUAGCAUUCUUAUUAAUGGCCAUUAUCUACACCAAACUUUACUGCAACUUGGAAAAAGAGGACCUUUCAGAGAACUCACAUUCUAGCAUGAUAAAGCAUGUCGCGUGGCUCAUCUUCACCAACUGCAUCUUUUUCUGUCCUGUUGCGUUUUUCUCAUUUGCGCCACUGAUCACUGCAAUCUCCAUCAGCCCUGAAAUAAUGAAGUCUGUUACUCUGAUAUUUUUCCCAUUGCCCGCAUGCCUGAAUCCGGUCCUAUAUGUUUUCUUCAACCCAAAGUUUAAAGAAGACUGGAAGUUACUGAAGCGACACAUUACCAAGAAAAGCGGAUCGGUUUCAGUGUCCAUCAGUAGCCAAGCUGGCUGUGUAGAACAGGAUUUCUUCUAUGACUGUGGCAUGUACUCACAUUUGCAGGGUAACCUGACUGUGUGUGACUGCUGUGAAUCCUUUCUUUUGACAAAGCCAAUGUCAUGCAAACACUUAAUAAAAUCACACAGCUGUCCUGCAUUGGCAGUGGGUUCUUGCCAAAGACCGGACAGCUAUUGGUCUGACUGUGGCACACAAUCGGCCCACUCUGAUUAUGCAGAUGAAGAAGAUUCCUUUGUCUCCGACAGCUCUGACCAGGUGCAGGCCUGUGGACGAGCCUGCUUCUAUCAGAGUCGAGGAUUCCCUUUGGUGCGCUAUGCUUACAAUCUACCAAGAGUUAAAGACUGAAUUGACAUGUUUGUAACUUUCCCCCAUCAACCAAAAUCACAGCAUUUAUAGACUGAACCCUAGUCUGCUCUUUCAUCUGGGAAGCACUUCUGUGAUCACUGCCUGGUGUGUCACUUAGGAGGAGGAGAAGGUGGCAGUUUAUUUCUUAAACCAGACAUUUUCAGAGAACAAGUGCCUAAACUGUCAAUUGAUGAAAAAUGCAAUGUCCAAGCAAUGUGUGGUCUAUUUGGAACAAAUUUAUAACUUGAAAAAGAUUUUAUGUAUAUCAUAGCAAUAUAACGUUAGGUUUUCUUGAUCCGUAAGAAGCAAAUUUAAACCUGUUUCAGAAUUAAGCACAAGAUGAAGAACAGCUGUUAAUAUUUUUUUAAGAAUAUUUGAAAAUAUGAUUUUAUGUAACUAAGAAAAAGUCUUGCUAAUUUUACCUAAUGUUGCGUCAUUAAUCUCAGGACAACUUACUGCAGGGCCAAAAAAGGGAUUGUCUCCCAGGUAGAACUGUGAGAGUAGAAGAGUAGGCAUUAUCACCCAAUUGCAUUUUCGGGUCCCAUCUUUGACAUAAUAGCAUCAUAAAUUUUGUUUAAGUGACUUAUAAAUCUAAAACCUGAAGAUGUUUUUAAAACAAUAUUAACAACUGUUAGAUUUUAAAAGAAUAGCUGAACAUUUGUUUUCAGACAUUACGCAUCUCUUUGGUGCAAUCACAGUGAUUUUUUCCUCAAUGUCUUGUGACCACACUAGGAAGAAGUAAAGGACUAAUGGUUGUGUGGGUUUGGUAUAUUUGGAUAAACUACUAGCUAAUAUGGGGUUUGAAUAGCAUCUGAGGGAUUUGAUGGCUCCAUGGAAUGUUCUCAUUCAUAAACAGUUCUUUAAUAACAUUGGCUGUACCAACAUUAUCCAGUUUUGUUGGUAUGUUAUCUAUGGAUAGUUUAAAUUAUACAGAAGAUAAACUGGUAAAUUAUUGUGUCAAGGUGGAAGAAAUUGGGAGUAAUUAUUGACACAAAGCACUUAUCAGGGUUUCUUAGUGAGCCAGAUUCUCCUAAACCUGUGCUGUUAUCUGGUAGCUUCCAUACAUUUCCCCCUUACUGUGAUUUAAACACAAAAGAGCCUAUACAACAGUUCAGAAAUUGUGUUCUUGUGAGACAAAACAAAUGUGUUGUCAAAGAAAAAGAAAAAGGAAUAAAGCUUAGGCCUAUGUCUUUAACAAUUCAAAAUUUUACUUGAUUCUUAUCUAUGGACUUUUGACAUGUCACUAUGUGGAGUCUUAAAAGUUAUAAAUGUUCAGUGUGUUUUUUGAACAAUAUGCUAAAUCAAUAGCAAACCCACUGCCAUAUUAGUUAUUCAGGAUAUACUAAAAAACAUUAAGCUAAAUUACAGUUUAAUAAUUAAACUGUAUAUACUGUGCAUAUAAUGAAUUUUUAUCUUAUGUAAAUUAUUUUUAGAACACAGUUGGGAAAUGUGGCUUCUGUUCAUUUCGUUUAAUUAAAGCUACCUCCUAAACUAUAGUGGCUGCCAGUAGCAGGAUGUUAAAUUGUGGUUUAUAUACUUUUUUGCAUUGUAAAUAGUCUUGGUUGUACAUUGUCAGUGUAAUAAAAACAGAAUCUUUGUAUAUCAAAAUCAUGUAGUUUGUAUAAAAUGCGGGAGGGAUUUAUUUACAGUGUGUUGUAAUUUUGUAGGGCCAACUAUUCACAAGUUUUUGAAGUUGCUAUCAUGUUUGUAUAUUUACACAUCUGAUAAAUAUUAAAUCAUAACUUGGUAAAAAUAUGUAGCUAAAAGGUUUUUUUCCUCCGAAAUUCAAGUCACUGAAAACUUUGCAUUCAUUUAAAAUAUAGAAUAGCAGGUAUAUAAAAUGUGUGGUAAAUCAUGCAUUUACCACAUUUAUUUCUAGUGGGAGAUACACUAUUGUAAGCUGUGUUUUGAAUUAUUAAAGUUCUAGAAAUCU